UGUGCUGAAGACUGUCGUACAACUGGAGAGACGUUUUUCAUGCUAGCAUCCAGUUAGCUAACCGCUUUGCCAAAAAAAAUAUUUAGCGGAAAAGCGAACGUGUUCUUCCGCGUGAUUAGUUGGCCCCUCUGGACCGCAUUCCUGGAUGACAUCCCAUCCAUCCAUCCAUCUUUCCCGGUUCCCUUAUUCCCUCGAUAUUGACGAUGCUUUCAACACACUCUGUCUAUCCCGUCGGUUAAUGAUUGACAGUGUCGGUGUAGACGUGGUCUCUCUGGGCUGAACGGAGCAAUAAAAACACACGCAGGGGGCGAGGCAGUGGGGAAAGAAAACGUGAACAGAGGUGUGAGUUGUGGAUUCACAGUCAGUAUUGGUGACGUAGUGACUGGGAAUGCUAUCAGUGACAGAUCCUUACUCUGCUCUGGUUCAAGCCUGCUUCUCCGUGUCCGGAUUGACUUCUGACUGUCAAUAAGAUAAGCGUGACUCGCGACAGGAUGCCAAGAUCCUGGGUUUAGUGGGAUGAUUUAAAAAAAAAAAAAAAAAAAAAAGCUCCUGCGACUGGAUGAAUGAAGGACUGAGCGGGACGGGCGGCGUUAAGAUCACCGCAUGGAGACUUUCGGGGUUCAUUUGACGGGAUGCUGUGUUCAGUGACCCUUCGCUUGUCGCAGGGAAUCUCAUGGAGUGAAAAAACAAAACAAACUUGAAAAUAUCCGUUUUUAAUUGAAACUUGUCGACUGGAUUCAUAGUGCUUUGGCAGCUUAAACAUGGCACUUUAUGUAGAAGGUCUGAGUGAAAGAGUGGCCCACAAAGGCAUGGCUCAGUUUCAGGAAAUGAUGCGGCAGCAGCUGGAGAGCUCCAUGGACGCAGAGCUGGAGAAGCUGGUGGACACUGUCACGGGGGCCGACAGAGACGUCUGCAUGAAGGACUUUAAGGGCUUCAAGAACCUCUUCCACAGAUUCCUGCAGGUAAAGGGCCCGUCUGUGGAAUGGAUCAAGAUAAAACGGCCUCCAGAAGACUCGAUCCAGCCGUACGAUAAGAUCGCAGCCCGGGGUCUGCCGGACGGCGUGGCCGCCAGCCUCAACAAGCUGGUGGUGGUGAAGCUGAACGGAGGUCUGGGUACCAGCAUGGGAUGCAAGGGCCCCAAGAGCCUGAUCAGCGUCCGCAACGAGAACACCUUCCUGGACCUGACCGUGCAACAAAUUGAGCACCUGAACAAGACGUACAACACUGAUGUUCCGCUGGUCCUCAUGAACUCCUUCAACACAGACGAAGAUACUAAGAAAAUCCUGCAGAAGUACACACACCACCGGGUCAAGAUCCACACCUUCAAUCAGAGCAGGUACCCCCGCAUACACAAAGAGUCUCUCCUCCCCGUGGCUGCGAACCUGAGCAUGAUGGGCCAAAACGCGGACGGCUGGUACCCUCCCGGUCACGGCGACAUCUACGCCAGCUUCUACAACUCUGGUCUUAUGGACAAACUCAUCGCGGAGGGAAAGGAGUACAUCUUUGUGUCCAACAUCGACAACCUGGGAGCCACCGUUGACCUGCAAAUCCUGCACCACCUGGUCAGCCAGCCCAACGGCAAGCGCUGCGAGUUUGUCAUGGAGGUUACGGAUAAGACGCGCGCUGACGUCAAGGGAGGCACCCUGAUCCAGUAUGAAGGAAAGCUCCGCCUCCUCGAGAUCGCCCAGGUGCCCAAAGAUCAUGUGGACGAAUUCAAGUCGGUUUCAAAGUUCAAGAUCUUCAACACCAACAACCUCUGGAUCUCUCUGCCUGCCAUCAAGAGGCUGCAGGAGCAGAACGCGAUGGACAUGGAGAUCAUUGUCAACCCGAAGACGCUCGACGGAGGGCUGAACGUCGUCCAGCUGGAGACGGCGGUUGGCGCGGCGAUCAAAUGCUUCGACAACGCGAUGGGGAUAAACGUCCCCCGCAGCCGCUUCCUUCCUGUCAAAACCACGUCGGACCUGCUGCUGGUCAUGUCCAACCUGUACAGCCUGGAGGCCGGCUCCCUCACCAUGAGCCCCAAGAGAGAGUUCCCCACCACGCCGCACGUCAAGCUGGGCAGCUCCUUCACCAAGGUUCAGGAGUACCUGACCCGCUUUGAGAGCAUCCCCGACAUGCUGGAGCUGGACCACCUGACCGUCUCUGGAGACGUCACGUUUGGGAAAAAUGUGUCGCUGAAGGGCACCGUCAUCAUCAUCGCCAACCACGGCGAUCGGAUCGAUAUUCCGGCCGGCUCCAUGCUGGAAAACAAAAUAGUGUCCGGCAACCUCCGUAUCCUGGACCACUGAGGCCUUUUCCCAGCCGCCGGCGCCGCCCCCCUUCACUGUGCAGCCCUGAUCAUGUGACCUGUCCUCGUGAGACCCGCUUGUCCUGUUUAGCCACUGAGAAAACACAGAGACGAUUUCUCUUCUCUGGAGGUUGAAACUGGGACCUGCUGCCCUCUGCUGGCUGAUUAGUAUAUAACCAUUAGGAAGUGUUAAUAAAUUAGUCCUAACUGCGACCUUAAUAAACUUGAUUUAUAGAUUAACAAAAACGCCUAACUGAAGCAUCUUAAAAAAACUAUAUUACAGUUUUUAAUCUGUAGCUACUAGAUUCAAUAAUGGCAUUAAAAAUAUGAAAUAUUAAGCACUUAACAGCGGCGAUGCAGAACUAAUGCAGAGGUCAAUUAUGUCCUGACCUCUGCAUCUUAAUUAUGGAGACAUUUUAAAAAUGAAUCAUAAGAAACACGACGUCACGGCUCUCCACGGCUCAAUGAAACUCGUUUUACGGGAUUUGACGACACGCACUUGAAUGCAACAUGCCAAAACCUUCAUAAUUCAAGUUCGGUCACAUCUCAGAGUUUACAUGUUUUACCUGGGAUGACCGAAUUUUGUCUAAUCUUGUUGAAAACGUGACACUCACAUGCUGAAAAAUAACUUAAACCCUGAUUGAGAUUAGUAAAAAAAUGUGAAAAUAAGUGAAUUUUUACUGUUUUACAUGAGACCUACAUGAUGCAUUUGAAUCAAAAAAAAAAAUAAUCCACUGUUUUGAAAUCGGAUCGAUAUUUAUGGACCAGAGGCUUUGAAGGAAUUCAGAAAUAUUGACCUCACCCGUUGCAGAAACGUUAAAAAGUUUCCCACCCAGAGUCAAAAGAAGCUAAAAGAAUAUGUGGAUCUGAGCUGAAGAGCAAGUCGUGAUUUUCCACUAUAUUUACCUGAAAACGGAUUCAUUUCACAAGUCUAAGUCUAAAUUUCACAUGCAAGUUCUCAUUCGACCUCACUGAAACAUAAAAUCCAUAAUCACAGCAGCUUUCAAUCUAACAAAGGUACAUUUUUGAGAGUGUGGAGCCACUAAAUAACCCUGAGGUGAUAAAGUUGUGCUGGCGGAUAAGCUGAUUGUCUCUAAAAACCAUGAAAACUGUGAGAGAUCUUUCUGUACUUCCACUGCAGACGUUCAGUUCCCAACAGAGCUGUCUCGAAUCGAAGCUUGUGCCACGUUUUCAUGUCCUUGCGGCAGAAAACCUGACAUGUCAACAUUCAGGCAUGUUGUAGCUUUAUGUGUUUGUAGAAAAUGUGUCACUUUCAAUGGAAAGCCAUUACUUUAACCACAUGAGAUUAAACAAAAGGCAUUCUUUGUGUUUGAUUAUAGCAUGUCGUGUUGUCUGAAGCCUGUUCGUCCAUCCAACUCAUCCAGUGCUGUUUCCAUAAUAUGCAGUAUUUCUCAUUGCUUCGGUUUACACACACAAUAGUUUUUAUUCGUUUUAAAACCAUGUACACCAAGUUCUUUUUGUUUCUUUUUUGCAUGGUAAUACUUGAGACGGGUUUGGCUGGUGCUGCAGACAAGGAGCAAUAGGUGUUGAUCUGUGACAGCAACAACGGUCCCGGCCCAGUUCUGCCUCCUCAGAGCUGAAUAAAGUGCAAUAUGAAGUACCGAA